AUGUCUGCCACCAGUGGUGAUACCGGGGUGAUCGAGAUCCCAGGUGAUCUGUUCGACGCUCCUGAAGACUCGGCCCUGAUCCAUGCGUGCAAUGUCCAAGGUGCUUGGGGCGCGGGUAUUGCCCAGGUGUUCAAACAAAAGUACCCUGCCGCAUACCGCUAUUACCGCAACCACUGUCAGACAUACCGAUAUGGCAUAAUGACGCACUCCAUCCUCAACUUCCAGCCUGGUGAAAGCACCAUCACUGUGCGACUUCCGCUCGGCACGGCCCUAGUCAUCCCGCCGCAGCCGGGAGAUUGCAAGGGUGGUCGAAAGCGACAUUGGAUCAUCUGCCUCUUCACGUCGCGCAGCUAUGGUGUCCGAGUCGACUCGCCGGACAUGAUUAUCAACAGCACCUCUGCGGCACUUAAGGACUUGAAGAGUCAGGUUGAUUCUCUUCGGAAUGAUCAUCAAAACGGUGGGUCUCCUGCGCCAGGGCGCCUUUACUCUUGUCGGUUCAAUUCUGGUUUAUUUGCGGUUCCUUGGGAGGAAACCCGUGGUCUGGUGGAGGACGUCGGUCUGGAUAUGACGGUUGUGUAUCCUGCUGAGGAGACCGUAGGAAACGAUGAAAAAGAGGGCUUAUAA